GAACAACUGUUACGAGCUCUAGAUUUCCGGAACAAGUUUGCUUCUCGCCCGUACUUACCUGCACGUGUUAUACCUCCAGAAAGAAAAAAGAUUCUUUUCAGUGAUAUCUUAGAAAUUAGAUGGCCUGACCCUACUACGGCUGAUCUGAUAAGAUAUACAGACAAUGGCAGUGUGCGCAUCUCGUCAGUAGAUGGUUGUGCUCACCUUUACCUGUCAGAAUUGCAGCAAGAAUUUACAGUGGAAUUCUUAUGCAAAGUCAGCCAAUCAUCUGCAGCAUCCUUAUGCUCCUCUCAAAAGAACAGCAACUAUCAAACCGAGCAUCAGUAUGGCAAGUCAAGUAAAAAUUCUAUUGCAGAAAUGUCAUGGAAACAAACUGGAAUAGAGAAUAAGAAGAAUGGACAUGGUUGUGCUGAAGGUCAAUACAGAGAACCAACCAAACCAGAGGACCAAAAAGGCAGAGACGGAGUCCCUUUGUUCUACGCAAAUUACUCUUCUGAAUACACAUGGGUUACACAGCGUUGGUCUGUUUCCUCCUACCCGGAAGAAUGGAAGUACCCUUUGUCAUUGGCACUAAUGUGCUAUAACUUACAUACUGUUAAGAAUGUAAUGAAGACAUGUGAGAAAAGCAACCAUACGCCUAUAGAAGCUGAUGUUUUAGUAGACCCCAAAACACAUGAACCAGUUUCUCUUUUACCUAAAGCUUUGCCACUCAGCUGCAGAGCCCCACAUUUACACAGGUGGACUUUCUGUGGCUUCUUUCAGAAUCAAGAUGCUGAAAAGUAUUCAUGCCCUCAGCUAAUUCAAGUUGUAUGGUGCCAGGGUGUUAUUUAUAGAUUUAUCCAUGGCACAACAGACAUCAUAGAAAUUUAUCCUGGUGAUGACUCAUUUUUUAAGUCAGAGGGAGCAUUUUUGGGAAACUAUUUUGUACAUUAUGCAAUCCAAAAAGAAACAAAAAAGAGAGAAGAAAAGAUGUAUUCGGUAAACAGCCUACCUCCUGAUGUACCAGGAAAUCCAUACUCUAUAUCCUCCAUUAUUACUCAGGCAACCAAAAUACUUCAGUACUGCUACAACACUAAACUAUCAUUAAGUCAUAACUAUUAUCUCUGCUGCUGGAAAACGGUACCUGAGACAGAUGGACGAGAAAUGUUGCCAGUUUUGCUGUAUGAAAAGGUUAUUCCCAGCACAGGAAGACUCGUUGUGUACUCAGAUCGUAAAGUCCAUGCUGCUUUUUGGGAUGGGGUGACCUUGAAUAUGGUCUGGAAUUUCAGCUCUUCCUGUAGUAAGAUCCAGGUAAAUGAAGAUGUAGGUUGGUGUAAGGUAACUACUCCUGAUGGGGUACAGCAGCUAAUACAAAUAAGUCGUCCUGGAAUCUAUGAAAGGUAUAACUAA